CACUUCUCGUGAACCUCAUCAUAUUGAGGUUGGGCUAAGAUGAGCAUAACCAGUGACGAAGUGAAUUUCUUGGUGUAUCGCUAUCUCCAGGAAUCGGGUUUCUCCCACUCGGCCUUCACCUUCGGUAUUGAGAGCCACAUCAGCCAAUCCAACAUCAACGGAACACUAGUGCCACCUGCUGCACUCAUCUCCAUCCUCCAGAAAGGGCUCCAGUACGUGGAGGCUGAGAUCAGCAUCAAUGAAGAUGGUACAGUAUUUGACGGCAGGCCAAUAGAAUCCCUGUCUCUGAUCGACGCGGUGAUGCCUGAUGUUGUUCAGACCCGGCAGCAGGCUUUCAGAGAGAAACUCGCGCAGCAGCAAGCCAGUGCGGCGGCAGCGGCGGCAGCAACCACAGCGACGGCGGCAGCAACGACGACUGCUGUUUCCCAGCAGAACACACCAAAGAACGGAGAAGCCACUGUGAAUGGAGAGGAGAAUGGGGCACAUGCAAUAAAUAAUCAUUCAAAGCCAAUGGAAAUUGAUGGGGAUGUUGAAAUUCCUCCUAACAAAGCAACAGUCCUUCGGGGCCACGAAUCAGAGGUGUUCAUCUGUGCCUGGAACCCUGUCAGUGACCUGCUGGCAUCUGGAUCCGGAGACUCAACGGCCAGGAUAUGGAAUCUCAAUGAAAACAGCAACAGCGGUUCCACUCAGCUAGUUUUGAGGCACUGUAUAAGAGAAGGAGGACACGAUGUCCCCAGCAAUAAGGAUGUGACUUCACUGGACUGGAAUAGUGAUGGAACACUAUUGGCUACAGGCUCAUAUGAUGGUUUUGCAAGAAUAUGGACAGAAGAUGGUAACCUUGCAAGCACCUUAGGUCAACAUAAAGGUCCAAUAUUUGCCCUGAAGUGGAACAAAAAGGGGAAUUACAUUUUAAGUGCUGGCGUUGAUAAAACAACAAUAAUUUGGGAUGCUCACACAGGAGAAGCUAAACAGCAAUUUCCUUUCCAUUCAGCUCCUGCUCUGGAUGUAGACUGGCAGAACAACACUACUUUUGCCUCCUGCAGCACUGACAUGUGCAUUCACGUAUGCAGACUUGGCUGCGAUCGUCCUGUUAAAACCUUUCAAGGACACACAAACGAAGUUAAUGCAAUCAAAUGGGACCCAUCUGGCAUGCUACUUGCAUCUUGCUCCGAUGAUAUGACAUUAAAGAUUUGGAGUAUGAAGCAAGAUACCUGUGUACAUGAUCUUCAGGCUCACAGCAAAGAGAUAUAUACUAUCAAAUGGAGUCCUACAGGACCAGGCACCAGCAAUCCAAACUCCAACAUCAUGUUAGCAAGCGCUUCAUUUGAUUCCACUGUUCGGCUGUGGGACGUUGACCGAGGAGUCUGCAUCCACACGUUAACAAAACAUCAAGAGCCUGUCUACAGUGUAGCUUUUAGUCCCGAUGGAAAAUACCUAGCCAGUGGGUCCUUUGACAAAUGUGUCCAUAUAUGGAAUACUCAGAGUGGAACUCUAGUACAUAGCUACCGAGGCACUGGGGGCAUCUUUGAAGUCUGCUGGAAUGCUAGAGGGGACAAAGUGGGAGCGAGCGCAUCAGACGGAUCGGUUUGUGUUCUAGAUCUGCGGAAGUAAAAGCAAAGUGUUGUAGAAGAAAAUUCAAACGGACCAGCAGUGAAUGUGUGGGGAGAAGCACUCUUCAAAACUCUUCUUAACAGCUCCAGAACUGUAUGAACUUGAACAAAGUUAGAGUGUACCGUGAAACCAACUCCCCCUGGCCACAGGUGUCUAGUAUUUUGUUCGUAACCUUCAUCGAGGAGUAAAAACACAGUCACUUCAGAGGGGGAGGGAAUGGUUUCCACCUGGAACGUUCAGCCUUGGAAGCAUGAAGCCACCAGCUAGGCAUUGCACUGUUUGGUUUGCAUCUGAGAACUUGCUCUGACGGCUGGGGAAAAAAAAAGCUGUGCCAAAAAAGAAAUUAAUAAUUAAAAAAAAAAGAGAGGAAAAGAAAAAUGCUGUGAUAAACCAAAAGGGAAAAAGAGUCCUCCUCCAUGCGGUGUUGUAUUUUUUUCCUUCUAAUUUGGGCACUACAGUUGCUCUCCCAAAGGAUGUUCAAAGACCAGUUUGUACUGAUGAAAUGCUCAACUUUGUAAUCACAACACUUUCUAUUUUCUAGACUACUUUUUGUUGUUCAGUGGUUUUUCUAUCAGCUGGAAUAUUGCAGCCUGGAAAAUCCCAGGCUUAGGAUGAAACUUCUGUUUUCCUUUUGUUUCUCCCUUCCACUCCCAACUCCUCCUUCCUGUUUUUGUCUCCUCUUUCUUCUUACCUUUUCUUUUUUUUUCUUUUUGUUUUUGUUUUGUUUUUCUCUUUUUUCCCUGUAUGCCCCUAGUAGAUGCAGCCAGGUGGACGUGACAAUGAAAACUUUUGACAGACUGCUUCUCCUCUCUUCUCUCUAUUCCUUUUCUUUCUCUCCAUUUCAAAGAAAAAAAACUCCUCCAUGCUUCAGAUCUUAGAGUCUCAAGGGCACUUUCAGCAAAUUGUGUAAUAAGUGCUUUAUAUAAGAAUGCAGUGCUGGGGAAGAUUUUUACAGGAGAAAGAUGACUUUUAACAGAAAGAGCCCAGUGUAUUUUUGGAAAAAAAAUAUUUUUUAUGUUAAACAGUUUUAGAAGCCUAAAAUGGCCACCAAAAGUAGAUGAGUUGUGUAAUUCAAGCAAACAGAACGACACAGAGCGCGAGGAACAUGAAAGGUGCAGUAUCCGUCUUCUCUUCUCAGAAAGUGCUGUAAGAAAAAAUGCCAUUUGAGACAAUAAAUGCCAGUCAUUCACCAAGAGUCCUCUUCCAGCAGCCAGCCAUUCAUAGUGUCCUUUCAUUUUUGUGACCAUCUGAUGAUACACACUUAUUAAAAGGGAUUGGUAAAAUUGAGACUCUCUCUCUGUAUAGAGCAUUCAUUUUCUUGAGUCCAUACUUUUAUUUAUCCUCAAUAACCAGGGGAAAACAUUGGUGCAUCUCCUUUCCUCUAGAAAUACUUCACAUUUCAUACAGAACAUGGGUUUGGCUGCCCAUGGCCUCACUGACCAGUGCUCUGUCCUCUACUAUUCAUUCCACUCAGCUGUUUCUAUUCCAGUAAGUCGGUGGGAUUUUACCACUGACUUAACAAGACCAGGUGAACCAAGAUACAUGGACUGCAUGUGUCACUGUUGAAGGAUGGACUCUGGUCAAGUUCAGCAUGCUCCUGGAAGGAGGCUCUUCCAUUGCAUCUGGCAGUAUGUGGUACUGCAGUCACCCUCAGCUCUGUGUGCUGCAUGCUGCAAGGAAAGAUCUAAGUCUGCACUUGGUGGCUCACUGUCUGCCCAAACAGGUUUAGCCUUGAGGAUGUCAGCAGCAGUGAUGAGAAGACAGGGUAGAACUCUCCAUUAGGUGGCGACUUGGUAAAGGAUUCAUAAAUUAUACCUCCUAUACCAAUGAGUAGUGGGUAAAAUGAUCGGAAUGACAAUGAAGUCUUCCAAAGCACCACCUAUCCACUUUGGACAAGAUUUCCUUAAUACAAGCUAGACAUCUGCAGGGAUACCCACUGAAGAAAGAAGGAUGCAUGGGCAGAGUUUACUGGAAGUGCUGUAAGCUGUAAGGAAACCUUGG